AGUGAAUGUUGCUAAAUUUAAAAAUAACAAUUUAAGUUGUGCCCGCUUCCAAAGUAAAUUAAAAUAAAAGCAAAAGUGAUGCGCUCGCCGCCGUGAGGGAAAUGGAGAUGGAAAAUAAGAAAAAUAUCAAGGCAUAAAUAAAACGCCUCGUGACGUGUCGCAUUUGCCGGCUGCAUUCCCAAAUAGAUCGGAGAUCUUAGAUGGUAGAUCGGAGGUAGCUAUAUAGAUCCGUGGUAUAUACUCGGUUUGUCGGUGCGUGCCGGUGGAUUAUGUAAAGUGGCACACGGCAAAAAACACACACAAAAUAACACAGAAAAUAAAGGGACUCAAUAAUGCCCAGAAAGAAAAUUCAGAUGGCAAUAAAAUGCGAUAAAAUAGAUAUAGAAUAAGGAGGAGAGUGUAGCCAGAAGAUUUGUCGCACACGCGCCCCGACUCAGUAAGUGCAACUAAUUUAUUUUGCAUCUAUUGCAAUUGAGAGGCGACCGCCCAAUGUGCAUCCGCCAGAUACAUUUUCGUAAUUGCCGUCAGUGGUUCGAGUUGCUUUGUUUCGCACGUCGCGUCGGAUAUUCGCCAGAUUGGAUUACAAGAUCAGCCGCCAGCCGAAGAAGACCAAAAUAAAAUUCCCACAAAUUAUUUCAAUAAAUACGGCGAAGAAUAAUCUUCCGGAGAAUCGGUUGCCAAAAGCAACGUAAUGUCGUCCUACCGCAGUUAUACGCCCUGGAAGUCCAGCUUGGGCAGCUCCUACAAGACAGGCAGUUCCUCAUAUGGAAGCAGUGGGGACUCCACUUCAAGAUACACCUCCCUGGCCACGCCCAGCGCCUAUAGACCCUCGUUUUCGGGGGGAACAUAUCGCCUGAAGAGAGAACCACCUCCUCCAGCAACAACCACUCCAGUUACCAGCUAUGUCAGUCGCUAUGCCAAAACAGAACCCAAGGAAACUGCCACCAAUGACCGCACUAGUCCCGUAAAACGCUACACUGGAGGUACGACGAGUUCAUUGGGAAAGUAUGGAAGAUCCCGGGACCCAAGUCCGGUGGCCCUAGAGCACACAAACCGUAAUAAGUCCAGGGAUCCUAGUCCUGUAAUCGACAGCGCCCGAAGUAAACUAGCCACCAGCUAUCGUGGAGGGGCCAACACCACUUCCAGUUCAUCUUCGUCUGCCUCCAGAACCGGCUACAGUAGCCGUUAUGGAGCAGGGGCCGGAUCCAGGAUAACUGGCAAUGGGAGUGCUCUGUCCUACCUGACCACCAGUGACUUUCACGCCAGGACUGCCAGCAGAGCAAAGGCCAGCAGAGAAAAAGAGAAAGAGAAGGAAAAAGAAAAAGAAAAGGACCAGGAGGUCGAGGAUAAACAAAGUGACACAUCCAAUGGAAAGGAAAAGACCCCCGAAAAGAAGGCAGCAGCAGAAAGCACCAAGGAUUCGGAAGGAGAUGAAACCUUCAUCACUAUUUCGGUGGUGACUCGAGCCACUUCACCCACUCUGCCGUUCAGCACCACCGUACAGCGAACCCGUCGCAUCGAUCCGGCGAAGACCAUCGAAAAGACCGUGACACGUUCUACGAAAAAAAGACAAACCACUGAUCAAGAAAUUCAGUCGGAUAGGUUGGAUGAUUCCACGCGAUAUCUACGUUACAGUGGUGGCACCACCUACAGUCCUCACAGGGACAGGAUAACCAGUCUCCGUUACAGCGCCAGUCCGCUGAAUAGUUCCGCUUCUGGAAAGUCCAGCCCGGAGGUCAGAUCGAAUCAUCUGACACCAGAAGCUGUGACACCGCCCAGGACCAAUGGUUCAGUGAGCUCGGCCAAGUCCUCGGAAUCCCAUUCCCCAGCAAGGGCUAAUGGCUCCUUGACGCCUGGAAAAUUCUCAGAAGCCCUUUCGCCGGCACGAACCAAUGGCUCCUUGACGCCCGGAAAAUCCUCAGAAGCCCUCUCUCUUCCACCUUCUCGGACAAAUGGUUCCAUUUCUCCUGGGAAAUCCUCGGAAGCUUUGUCCCCUCCCAGAAGCAACGGCAGCUCUAUGGCCUCGUCAAAGUCCUCGAAAUCGAAGCUGUCGCCUCCGAAAGCCAUACGCUUAAACUCCCGCCAGUCGUCGGUGGAGAAUCUGGCCAACAAGCCUCCGGCCGCGCCCAGCAAAGCGGACUCGCCAACCAAAACCUGCAGCUCCAGCUCUGGCAGUUCUGCCGUAAAGUGGCCCAACAAGGACUUCCGAAAGUCGUCUUUGAAUGUGGGCAAUACGGAUAGGCCCAGAAAGUCCAGAACGCCUAGCAGUGGCGGCGAAUCCGAGGAUCUCCCCAAUGGUAGUAGCAACCUGGAGCGCUCGCCCAGUGCCGGUUCCGAGGGUAGCCUGGCAUCCGGAGCAUCCUCGAAAAAGUCCAACAAGCUCAGCAAUGGAAAGCAAACGCCCUGCAAGCCAAAGCCCCAGAAAUCUUGCAGCGACAACACCGGCAGUUCAUCGACCGCCUCGGACAGCGAUCAAAGGGUCAAGACGGUGAAAAAGCAGGCCAAGAAGAAGACCACCAAGGAGGCUGGCUGCAGCAAGGCCACCACCCACAAGGCGAUUAGCCCGCCCAGCACCACUGAGUCAGCCACCGAGGUGGGCGUUGAGGUGGCCGUGCCAACGGCGGCGCAGACGAGACUGAAGAAGCUCUCGGCGGUAUCGAAUUUUUUCGCCAGCCGUCAGCAAGACGCAAAUAACGAGCCGAUCUUCCUAGAAAGCUCCGAGAGCUCGGGCGAACCAGAGGUCACCACAGCUGGCGGAAUCUCAGGGUUCUCGGGCAUCUCGAAGAUCUCGGCCAACAGUCUCAGUGCAGAUUUGCGAACGAACGAACCGACGACGCCCUCGAGCGAAGCGAAAAUAAAUAAUUCCCCCUCACCCAAAUCGAAUUCCCUGAGUUCGACCACGCGCUGUCCCAGAGAAACCACCACGGCCGGCACCACCCUGCCCACAACGAGUAUAGUGAGCACGAUCAGCCAGGACACGAGCCUUACAGCCACAGCCAGUCUAAGCACUUCCGAACAGGACGAGCCCAGUUGGUGGCAGGACACAAGUCUCCAGAUCAAUACGGCCUCUGCUUUGGAUCAAAAUCGCGGGGAUAUGCCUUCCUUCCGACUUAGACACAUAGACUCUGGCGAGGAGCAGGCCUGGUGGCUGCGACAAGAUGAGAAUGGCCAAGACGACGAUGACACGCUGGCGGAGGAUACCACAAACCCCUUGGACGAGGACAACCAAGAGGUGAGCAAGGGAACCUGGUGGAGCCAGGACGAUGAGCCGGUGGAUUCCGGCAGCAGCCAGGUGAAGAUGAUGCCCAGGAGUCGCCUGUCGCCGGAGAAGGAUGCCUGGUGGCUAGAUGAAGAGCAGGAGGUAGUCAAAUCCAAGUCCAAUGGCGACUUGAAUAACAAUAGUGAGCCCCACGUGGAGGUGACCCUCAAGUUGCCGUCGAACGGAAGUCAGCGGGCAUCCAAGAGCAGUGGUUCCUCCAAGAGUAACAGCUCCAAUCCCUGGUGGAUGUCCGGACCCGCCAAGAAGCUGUUCAACGUGCAACGCGUGCAGUCCGGUGAGAGAGCCUGGUGGCAGGAGUCGCCCGAAGAGGCAGCUCCCCAGGAGGAAAAGGAGAACGAGCCACCCCCAGUGAAGCCCCCAACACCACCUCCCCGGAUCAUCAAGCACUGGGAGUCAGGGGAGAGAGCAUGGUGGCUGCAGGAGGACGACCAGCAGGAACCACAGCCCGAGGUGGCGGUGUAUCUGCAACCUUCCAGGGACGAGGUGGAUCUGAGGCAAGUGCAUCCUGCCGUCGAACUGAGCAGCUCCUUCAAUUUUUCGGAGCGACCACCGCCUCUGGGCCAGUGCGCCAGUCCUGUGCGCUGCCCCUCGCCCUAUGACAACAUUCCGGGCACCAAGAUGGCACCGGAGCUAGCUUCACCCCCAUCGCCGCCCAGUGCCACGCUCAUGCCUCCCCUGCAGCCCCGGUACUUCCCCCAAACUAGAAGAGCCGGCGAAAAACUCUUCAUUUCGCGGCAUCAGAACAUCGACGAGCUUCUGGGCGGAGCCUGUCGGCCCCUCAGUCCGCUCUUCUACGGGAACUCCUGUCAGGCAGAGAGUGAGCUGAGUUCUCUGGCGAGCAAAAACAUGUUCCUGCUGGAGGAGGUGACACCUGACCAGGUGCGAAUCCACGACAGCACCGCCCAGCUGCCAGUUAUCCAAAGAAUGCAACGCGAUGUCGAGUGGUUGGAGAAUGGCAGCAAUAGCAGCUUUUACGAGCAGCCGAAACAACAACAGCACCAGCGGAGGAUCGAUGAUGCGGCCAUUCAGGUCUACAAGGAUGGCGACUACGGGGCCUAUUUGGAUCUGGAGUCGUCGCUGGCGGAGCAGACCGAGGAGAUCGAGGGCCUCAACGCCAGCCGCAAGAACUCCCUGGUGGUGCGAACGCAGCUCAAUGUCCGCGUGCAGGCGAUUAUUGAGAAACUCCUAUCGUCGGAGGGCAGCGACCUUCGGCGGGCCCUCUUCUCGCUGAAGCAGGUGUUCCAGGAGGAUAAGGAUCUGGUGCACGCCUUCGUGGCCCUCGGCGGACUCAAUUGCCUGGUGCGCGUGGGCAAUUGUGCGGAUCAAAACUAUCAGAACUACAUUCUGCGCGCCCUCGGCCAGGUCAUGCUCUAUGUGGACGGGAUGAACGGCGUGAUGAAGCAUGAGCCGACGAUGCAGUGGCUCUACUCGCUGAUUGCCUCCAAUUACCGGUCCGUGGUGAAGACCGCCCUCAAGCUGUUGCUGGUCUUUGUGGAGUACGCCGAGUCCAACUGCUAUGUGCUGGUCAGGGCCAUCCACUCGGUGGAUGCCACCCAGGGCACCCUGCCCUGGUCGAACAUAAUGAGACUGUUGAAGGACUAUGAUAAUGCCGAUGCCGAGCUGGUGAUCUAUGCCACGUCCUUGAUCAACAAGGCUCUGGCGGGCUUGAACGACCAGGAUAGCUUCUAUGAUGAGAGUGAUCUGCUGGAGCAGCAGGGCAUGGAGACUGUGAUCCAGCGCUACAUGUCCAAGCCAGGCACCGAUUUGGAUCUACUGGACCAGCUGCAGCUCUACGAGGCGGUUUUAAAAUUCGAGGAUGGGGAAUCGGAUGGUCAGCGCCUGCCACAGAACUCGAUGCGCAAGACCCAACGCUAUCGUCCUGGCAGCAACACCACGGAGCGACGCAAGUCACGUCGCCACAGCACGGACAACAGCCCGGCCCCACUCACCAAGGUCCUGCCCACCACAGUGCUGAGGAUGACUCCCACCCAGGGCAUACUGGAUGAGGACAGCUCUGGCUCCACGAACUCCACGGAGUUCAGUGGCGGCUUGUUCAGUGAAAAGAAACCUCGCGAUGGGGCAGGCGUGACCCCAGGACUCCGCCGACGCCGGGAGAGAGCUGAGCGGCACAAGAGCUUCCUGAAGGAGCAACAGGAGGCGGCGGCCAAUGGCAUCUUUGCCGCCUUAGAGCAGCGUGAGGGUUUGGGCCAAAUCGUAACCGCCAUACCCGCUACCAUCCAGGCCGGCGACAGCCCGCCGCCAUCGCUGCCACACGAGCCUGUGCCGCCUUACAACAACAUGAGCAACAUUAACAACAACCUGAGCAACAUCAGCAGCAACGAAACGCCCAACAACAGCCUGCUCCUGAUGAGUCCUAGCAAGCAGCUGCUGAGCGGUAGCCACAGCAUCUCCAUUAUUAACAACAGCUUCGACAAGUCCAGCAACAACAACCUGAACAACCAGAGCGAGUUCCUCACCAAGAAAAAUCUGUUCCGGGAGCGCAACGCCACGGUGAUCAGCGGCAUCAUGAAGAACAUCCAGCAGACGGACAGUGCCUACAAGAAGUACGAGAACGAGGCCAACCGCAAGAACAACUUCUACACCCAAAUGAGUCAGUCGCCAAAGCACCAGCCACAGCAACAGAUCCACCCCGAUCCGGAUGUCCUGCUGAGUCCAAAGAAGAUCCUUGAGUCCGGAUUUGACUUUACGCCCGUGCCUCUGUGCUCCACACCAGUGAAGUGUGAUGUGCCCCCAGAGCCGGAGCCAAUCAGUCCGGUGCGAAAGCCCACUGGAGCUGCCCCGCCACCACCGCCCCCUCCGCCUCCGCCGCCACCACCGCCACCCGGCUGGUGGCAUGCCCCCAUUAGCAGCCGACCGCCACCAGCAAACCUAACCACUACUAACCCAGAGCUGCUGCCGCUACCCGUGGAUCCCGCAGAUGUAGAGAGCGAGGACAAGCAGCUGCUGAUGCAACUGAAAAGGGACCACACUGUCAAGGACCUCACCCAAAGGCUGACCAACCUGCCCAUGAGUCCCACCCAGGAGCAUCCCGCCAAUCGCGCCAUUGUGGGGGAUAUGUCCGGACUCAUUUCGAAAGCCAAAGAGGGUCUGGCCAAGAGCAAGAGCAAGGGAGAGAUUUCCAGAUCGUCUAGCGUCGAUCAGGAGCUGAAGAAAUCAGAGCCGAAAAAGUCAGAGAAUGAGCUUCACUGGGAGGAGCUGGUGAGGAAUAUGACUCGGCCCCUGAAUCUCUGCGAUCUGGACUUUACGGACCUGCAGGACGAUGAUGAGAAGGACGUGCUGGCUCCUCGGGGUCUGGGUGCUGGUAUACCCCCACCGCCACCACCACUGGGCGGUGUCAUAGCCCCACCGCCCAUGAUGCCACCCAGUCUGGCACCACCGCCCAUGUUCAGUUACGGCGGCAGUCUCACAAACAGCGUGAAUAGCUCCUUGAACGGAUCUGUGAACGGAGAGCUAAUGAAUGGAAAUAAUACCAUCAAGAAGAACAAAAAGACGGUCAAGCUAUUUUGGAAGGAAGUCCGCGAAGACAUGAUCCCCCAGGUGGUGGGCAAAACCAUUUGGGAUGAGCUGCCGGACGCCAAUGUGGAUACUCAGAAGCUCGAACAUCUCUUUGAGUCCCGGGCAAAAGACUUGAUGACCAAGAAACAACAAGAGCUGAACAAGAGCAAAGAGAUCAUCGUGCUCGACCACAAGCGCUCCAAUGCCAUCAACAUCGCCAUCACCAAGCUGCCGCCGCCCAGGGCCAUCAAGGCGGCCAUUCUGAAGAUGGAUGCCACCGUGGUGACCAGGGAGGGCAUCGACAAGCUCCUCAACAUGCUGCCCACGGACGAGGAGCGGGGCAAGAUCCAGGAGGCGCAGCUUUCGAAUCCGGAACUGCCUCUGGGAAGCGCCGAGCAGUUCCUCUUGACUUUGGCCUCCAUUUCAGAGCUGGGAGCUCGCCUCAAGCUCUGGGCCUUCCGCCUGGACUUUGACAACAGUGAGAGAGAGAUUGCCGAACCCCUGAUGGACCUCAAGCAAGGCAUUGAGAUCCUGCGUCAGAAUCGCACCUUCCGCUGCAUCCUUUCCACCCUGCUCUCCGUGGGCAUUUUCCUCAAUGGAGCUCCAGUCAAGGGCUUCCAAAUCGAGUAUCUGGCCAAGGUGCCGGAGGUCAAGGACACCGUCCACAAGCACUCGCUGCUGCACCAUCUCUGCCACAUGGUCAUGGAGUCGAGCAGCGACACCAGUGAUCUCUACUCCGAAAUCGGACCCAUUACCAGGGCCUCCAAGGCGGACUUUACGGACCUGGCCCACAAUCUCAACCAACUCGAGGCGGAAUGCAAGGCCUCCUGGGAUCGGCUGAAGCUGAUUGCCAAACACGACUGCCCGCCGCCAUUGAAGCAGAAGCUUGUGGACUUCUUGGCCGAUUGUGCGGAGCGCAUAAUCAUCCUGCAGAUUGUCCACCGGCGUGUUAUGAACCGCUAUAGGAAGUUCCUACUGUGGCUGGGCAUGCCGCAACACAGUGUGGCAGAGUCCCGUCCCAACGAGUUCUGCCGCACUCUCUCCGAGUUCGCCUUGGAGUACAGAACUACCAGGGAAAGAGUGCAGCAGCAGCUGGAGAAGAAGGCCAAUCAUCGUGAGAGAAACAAGACGCGGGGAAAGCUGAUCAUAGACAUGGCCAAGUUCAAGACCAAAGAGGAUGUGGCUGAUGCGGAGUUGAAACAACUUCUGGGCACUCCUAGUGCCGAUCAGGCCGAUGGCACUCUCACCUGGCGGCGGCGUCGUGCCGAGCAGCUCCGUUCCCCCAUUUCCCGCCAAAGCGAAGAGUUCACCGACGGCGACGACGAGAUACUGGAAUCUCUGGUGAAGACUGCCACCAAGGCGCCGGGAACAAGGACCACGCCCAGAGAGCGUAAAAGGACACGACACGCAGACCGCAAAUCAUUGCGUCGCACGCUGAAGAACGGUCUGACCGACGAGGAGAAACAGCAUGUGGCUGCCUUGAUACAAACCUAUUAGGCUAAGGACUAGCAGAUACUACCCAGCUUCACACCCCGAUAUUAAAUAUAUAGCGAACCGAUCCCCAGUGACGUCACAAGUCGGGCAUUGCGCGCACAGACUGAAAUUGGCGAUCUCAGGCGAAUCCAGAAGAAAGUCCCCUUUUGUAAAACGACGACAAAGUGCGCACCAUUUCGUUUGGCCACAGCAUCAAAAGUCUAAAAAACCCACUCAAAAAAAAAAGAGAAAAAUGGAAACAACGAAAAUGUCCUUAAAAAGAAAGCGUUCUUCAUAGUGUUUUUUAUGUUAUUUAAUUUUUGUUUUUGCUUCAGCUAAGUAUUAUUAAUUAAAUGUAAUCCAAUACACACACGUAUUAGCAGACGGAAACGAUUUUAAUAUUAGAAUUUCGAAUGCAAGAGUUUGAAUAUCCUGAAACUCAACAUUAAAUUUGUACCAAAAUACGACACGA